AGGCUUCGUGCCUUUAAAGGCCUUCCAAAAGAAAGAAGGAAUCCUUCUCUCUUUCUGUGCACUCCUAUUCGGUUACAGUGGCAACGUGCGCGUGGUAUUCUAUCGUGCACGCGAAGCAGAGACAAAAGUAGAGAAGAAGAAGACGCAGAGAAGCUAAAUCGGGAGUGGCGCAUUAUAGCAGUCCGCCAUAUCCUUCGGUGUCGCUUAUCCUCUCCGAUUACAAAUCGGUCUCUUCUCUUCUUCCGAAUCGAUGGCUGCUCCACCGGCUAGGGCCAGAGCCGAUUACGACUAUCUCAUAAAGCUUCUUUUGAUUGGAGAUAGCGGUGUCGGUAAAAGUUGCCUCCUCCUACGUUUCUCGGAUGGCUCAUUCACCACUAGCUUCAUUACCACCAUUGGCAUUGACUUUAAGAUAAGAACCAUUGAGCUUGAUGGCAAACGUAUCAAGCUCCAGAUUUGGGACACUGCUGGUCAAGAACGUUUCCGCACCAUCACCACUGCUUAUUACCGUGGGGCAAUGGGCAUUUUACUAGUGUAUGAUGUCACAGACGAGUCCUCCUUCAACAGUAAAACCCCCUCCUCCUUUAAAGCCUUUCGCUUGCGGCUUCUUUUUAUAAAUAAAAUCCUUAAGUCAAAAGGGUCAUAUCUCGACGUGUUUGCAGACAUAAGGAACUGGAUUCGGAAUAUCGAACAGCACGCUUCAGAUAAUGUUAACAAAAUCUUGGUAGGAAACAAGGCUGACAUGGACGAAAGCAAGAGGGCUGUACCUACAGCCAAAGGUCAGGCGCUUGCUGAUGAGUACGGAAUUAAGUUCUUCGAAACUAGUGCCAAGACAAACCUAAACGUGGAAGAAGUUUUCUUCUCCAUUGGCAAGGACAUAAAACAGAGGCUUUCUGACACUGACUCCAGGGCUGAGCCUGCCACGAUCAAGAUAAGCCAAACGGACCAGGCAUCUGGAGCCGGGCAAGCCACCCAGAAGUCUGCAUGUUGUGGAAGUUAAUAAAGUUUUGAAAUUGAAGUGGAAACUUAAGAUUUCGUGAGGUGCUUGUGUAAUUUUUAUUUCUGUUCCAACAUUCCUGGUUUCUUAAUUGCCUUUCUCUUUGUAUGAAGGUUUAAUUGAAACUUGUAUUCUUCUUUUAUUCAUACAUUGUUAUGUUAGUCAUCUAUUAUCUUGCUUGGCUCUUUUA